AUGAAGGCUCUCAUUCUUGUUGGAGGGUUCGGGACCCGUCUGCGUCCUCUGACUCUCACUCUGCCUAAGCCCCUUGUUGAGUUCGGAAACCGUCCUAUGAUCCUGCACCAAGUCGAGAGCUUGGCUGCUGCUGGUGUCACCGAUAUUGUGCUUGCUGUCAACUACCGCCCCGAUGUUAUGGUUGCGGCUCUCAAGAAAUAUGAGGAGGAAUACGGUGUGAACAUUGAGUUCUCUGUGGAGUCCGAACCGCUGGGUACGGCUGGCCCGCUCAAGCUGGCGGAGAAGAUCCUGGGCAAGGACGACUCGCCUUUCUUCGUGUUGAACUCCGAUGUCAUUUGCGACUACCCUUUCAAGGACCUCGCCGAUUUCCACAAGAAGCACGGCGAUGAAGGUACCAUUGUCGUCACCAAGGUUGACGAGCCCUCCAAGUACGGUGUUGUUGUUCACAAGCCCAACCACGCCUCCCGCAUCGACCGUUUCGUCGAGAAGCCCGUCGAAUUCGUUGGCAACCGUAUCAAUGCUGGAAUCUACAUUCUCAACCCCAGUGUCCUGAAGCGCAUUGAGCUGCGUCCUACCUCCAUCGAGCAGGAGACCUUCCCCGCCAUCUGUAAGGAGGGCCAGCUCCACUCUUUCGAUCUCGAAGGCUUCUGGAUGGAUGUUGGUCAGCCCAAGGACUUCCUCACCGGUACCUGCCUGUACCUCACCUCCCUGGCUAAGCGCAACCCCAAGCUUCUUGCCCCGCAUUCCGAGUCCUACGUGCACGGUGGCAAUGUCAUGGUCGACCCCUCUGCCAAGAUCGGCAAGAACUGUCGCAUCGGCCCUAACGUUGUCAUUGGUCCUAACGUCGUGAUCGGCGAUGGUGUCCGUCUGCAGCGCUGUGUUGUGAUGGAGAACUGCAAGGUCAAGGAUCAUGCCUGGAUCAAGUCCACCAUUGUUGGCUGGAACAGCUCCGUUGGCCGCUGGGCUCGUCUUGAGAACGUCACCGUUCUCGGAGACGAUGUUACCAUCGCCGACGAGAUCUAUGUCAACGGUGGCUCGGUUCUGCCCCACAAGAGCAUCAAGCAGAACAUUGAUGUUCCCGCAAUCAUCAUGUAA